GUGCAGCUGGUGUGCAUUUGGUUGUGUGUAUGUGUGUGAGUGAGUGUGCGUGUGUGCGUGUCUGAAUGCCAACAAGUUGAUAUUAUUUUUAAUUUUCCAAACAUCUUUGAAUUAAGCUCCGGGAGUAAGCCGGGGCUACGGCGAGUGAGGCAUCUUUCAAAACCGCCUGAGGAAAAGAAAAAUACUUUCCACAACAACGGAGACACUCAUGAACCUGAAAAUAACAAGUUUGCUACGUAAAGCCUUUGAAAACAAGCCACAUCUAACGUUACGCAGUUCAACGAAUUUCGGUGUAUUAUUUCUUUCGACACGAGCUAACUUGAAGCUAGUGUGCACUGCAAUUGCUCACGCUGUUGUUUUUUGUGGUUGGCAGUUUGCAGUCUAAUGGUAGUCCCGUGUGCCUUCUUUUAAAUGUGUACAGUCGCUCAUGUCUGAGUUAAUGAAGUUGUAGUAACCGUCACAGCAACAGUAAUAAAACGUAAUAGCAAGGAAUAAGCCAUAAGCUACUCAGAAGAAAAUGCUAAAGACGCUGACGAAGAAGCUAAGAAGACAUUCACUCAAUGAGAUACAUCCUUUCCAACUGAAGAUUUCGUACCAUGGCAGUGGAGAGGGAGGGGAGAGUGAUGAUUCAGAGGGGGAGAACCAGGAGCUUGCACAGAUUGACAGAGAGAGGCGGAGAAAUUGUGCCCUCACACCCUUGGCGACCAGCCAGCAGCACAACCAGGGUCCCCUCUCUCCAGCCCGGUUACGACGCCUUCGCCUCCUUUUAGAUGCUAAUCUGGAUCGCCACUCUUCAGAGGAAGAGCUGGAGCGAAUCAGCUGCGGCGACAACAGGAAGUGGGUGUCUGCGUGUCCCCAGCGCCACAGUGAUCACCACAGCAGCGCCUCCAGUGAUGAGGAGGUGCGGGACCUCUGUGGCUGCGGGUCGCCGGCUGCUUCUGCCAGGCCCCUGGUUGAGCCGAGUGCUUGCCUGGCUGCCUCCCCCAGCCCUGUACUCUUCAGCUCCAGUCCACCACGUAGCCUCAAGCCACCCCCCCUGCGCUUUCAGCUGCAGGUGGUGCAGCCAGUGGCGCGGCCCAUCAUUUUGACCCACUUUGACCAGUCAGCACCUUAUAGAAAAUAUCGGCACAGUUACGCCGGGGAGCCGGGGAGGCCCAGUCUGGAUCUGGAGAAAAUGCAACAGAAAAUGCUGCUGAAAAAGAACUGUGGAGGGAAAACACGGACUAUAAAGAUUCGAAAUCUGACAGGCAGCCGUCCUCCACCCAGGUACACCUACGAUCCCUCCAUCUUUGCCUUCCGCUCCUUGAGUACAGUGCCCCCCUGCAGCCCCCUGACACCGUCCGAGGAUCCUCCCUGCUCAUAAGGAAAUCCAUCCACCGCCAGAUAAUCCUCUCCCCCCCCGCUCUCUUCAUUCCCAGCAGGCUGCUUUUUUCGUGGCUUCUGAAUUGAGACCAAGGAGUGACUGUUAAUGGAACUGACCGCUAGAAAGACGUUUGUUCGCUCAAACUAUUGCACACUCAGGUAAUCCUACCCUGUAACACGUCACGUCACUUUGAUCGUUGUUCGCCACAUGUUCGCCACAUGAAAUCAACAGGAACAUUUUGGGAUUAAAAUGGCCUACACAACAUUUCUAAGGAUAUUUCAGGUAUUGCAUAUGUGAAGCUGUCUGAAAAGAUCCUGUGAUUGGAGGAAGAACGAUCAAGAAACACACAUGGACUGUGGACCAGAGGUGGUACAAAGGGACAAGGCCAACCGUUUUGAAACCUGAAUUUAGUUCUGGGUUGGAUCAAUAUUCAAGGGAAAUAAUGCAUGUAAGACAAUCGAAUGAUUCCAAGGUUUCUUCCUUUGAUGUGAUGACUGGACAUCUUGCAAGGUUCUUUGUAACUUUAUAUAGUAAACAUGGCGAGGUGAGUCAUCUGAUAUCUUAUUGAGAUAAUUCUAUACAGUGGUCACAUUCGUCCGUCUUAAAAAUACUACUUCUUUGGAUGUGUUUUUGAAUAUGCAGGUCGUGACAAGCUAUAACAAACAUGUAUGACAUGUAUGUAGUAUAAUUGUCAACCUUUGACGAUGUACGUUUCUUCAUGAAUUUGUCACUUUUAGUCCAGGUCAGAGUUAAGUACUUGUAUCCUCUUUUCUUGCAUGGAUUCCACUGUUGUUGCAGAAAGAGAGGUAUGUGGAAAUAAGGAAGUAUGAGAAUAGUUUGCUGCACAUUUUGCAAAUGUAAUUGGUGCUGUGUCAUGCAUAGCCUACUUGUAGUGUGCCAUGUUUAUCCAAUAUUGUACCUCAUUACUUUCUAGGUAGAAGAGGACCACUGGUAUAUCUAAGACAUCCCAGUGUUUUCUAAAUAUCUCUUAAUGCCUUGAAAUCACAUUCCUGUUGUAUUGAAUGAAACUUGAGGUAGUUCCAGAAAUGAGCUGAUCAAUUGAUUUAACACGUCACCACUGUAACUAAGAUUCCGCCGAAGUGAAUGUAACAUUGUGACAUGUUUUCGUCCAUUGUUGCACAAAAUGAAUCAAUAAAUGCCCUGUGGCCUCUUG